UUUCUAAUAAAAAUGUAAAUCUUCAAUUGAUUACGUUAUAUAAAAAAAUAAUUCUAUAUACAUAUAUAUAUAUAUAUGUGCGAGGUGUGCAUCUACAUGUGCAGAAAUACAUAAAUAAAUAAUUUAAGAGAUGAUGAUGUUUAAUUUUGAUCCGGAUAAGAGUAUGUUUGGUUAAGGAAGUAAAUACCAUAGCAUACGAUGAUGAAAGUUUUAUAAACUAAGAUAAGCAAUGCCUUCAUACAGAAUAGAGACAGUGUAAAAGCUUAGAAAUUUGUACACCCUUUGGCACCAAUGGUUUUUCUCCGAAUGAGCAGAUGGUAACGACCAAGUGAUGGGAAUGGAUUCAUCCUAUUAAUAAGAGAUCAGAAAUUGUAUCGUUUUGUUUAGUUUAGUUUUGCCUUAUUUUGUUUGCCACAUGCAGAGCAAUUUUGAUUUUGAUGCACUCAAUAAGAUCCUGAAAUUGAGGAAAUGAACCUAGUCUGGUGUUAUAUGUUAGCACUAUUCACGACAUUGAAGGCUGUCAAGGUGUAUGGAAUUGGGUGGAUUGAUGCCCACGCUACUUUCUAUGGAGGUGGAGAUGCUUCUGGAACAAUGGGUGGAGCUUGUGGGUAUGGUAAUCUUUAUAGCCAAGGGUAUGGGACAAACACAGCUGCAUUGAGUACAGCUUUAUUCAACAAUGGGUUAAGCUGUGGAGCUUGCUUCGAGAUCAGAUGCGUAAAUGAUAGAGAAUGGUGUAUACCAGGCUCUAUUAUAGUAACUGCCACCAACUUUUGCCCACCAAACCUUGCUCUGGCAAACAAUGCUGGAGGCUGGUGUAAUCCUCCUCUGCAGCACUUUGAUCUUUCACAACCUGUUUUCCUACGCAUAGCAAAAUAUAAAGCUGGAAUUGUUCCGGUGCAGUACAGAAGGGUUACUUGCCGGAAGAGAGGGGGAAUGAGGUUCACAAUCAAUGGCCACUCCUACUUCAAUCUGGUGCUGAUAACUAAUGUUGGUGGAGCAGGUGAUGUGGUGGGUGUGUCCAUAAAGGGCUCUAAAACUGGUGGAUGGCAGGCAAUGUCCAGGAACUGGGGUGUGAACUGGCAGAGCAACUCCUACCUCAAUGGUCAGGCCCUCUCUUUCAAAGUCACAACCAGCGAUAGACGCUUUGUGAUCUCUAACAAUGUAGCUCCAACUACCUGGACCUUUGGCCAAACAUAUACUGGAAAACAGUUCUAACUAUUAAUUAUAUUAUCCAUACACUCCUCUCUAACCUUAACCUUUCCUACAAUUUAUUCAAAUUUUCUCACAUGCGUAUCCUAUAAAUACUCCAUCGUGUAUAACAUUUACAUGAGGAUGUAUAAAAACCGUUUUCUCAUGGCCUUCCUUGUGUUGGGUUAUACCUAUUCCUAUACUGGAGGCAGCGAAUGUUGUUAUGUUACACACUCCAUUUAUAUAUACUAUAUAACUAAGGGACUUCCACAUAUUCAAGAAGGCCUCUGUUUUUAACUAGUACUGAUGGCCUGUAAGGUGAGUGGUCACCUUCUUUCUGGCAGAGGUGAAGAAUCACCCGCCCUGAUACAAAAGCUUUUCCUUUCUUGUUUUUUUUCCGGCUUUAUUGUCUUUCAUUUUACAGUUGCAGCAAACAGUAGAGGAUACUUAUGGCUUAAAAAGCCAGUGAGUUGGAGCUAAUCCUCUUCAAUAUGUACUCUUCAAAUAAAUACAUAUGGAAUAAUUUUUGGAGUGUGAUUAAACCCUAUGCUUCAUGCAACAAAAUAUUGCAAUAUUAGGCAUGUGAUUCUCUGAAUUCAACCUACUGUUUGUUUAUGUUGAAUUUUAUAAAACAGAAGAAAACCAAUCCAAAAGGAGGUUACUAGCUCCAACUUAUUUGCAUUAUUAGUCCAUAUUUCUAACCUUGAUUGUGAGAGAAUUCGUUUGCAGUAUCUUAUAGGACGAUGGUGAUGGACUCACCUUA